AUGGGUCAUUGGGGAUACGGUCUCUUCCAGUCGGACCAGGACUUUGACAACAUCAGCGAUAUGGGACACUUCGCUGGACUCAGCAAACUCGAGGAUGAAGCUAAGGCUGCCCUCCGAGCCCAAGGCAAGACCGAGGAGGAAGCAGAUCACGCUGUUUACUAUAGCAUCCAUGCCGGUGGUUGCUCAGACAAAGAAGUGGUUCGCAAGUGGCUCGACUCCGGCAAUCUUGUCAAGAUGAUCGCCGAGAGGGAGGCGAAGAUCCUGGCCCCACUCACUGGAUCAUUGAAUGAGCAGUGCGAGCACUUGUUCUCCGACCCCUGCUACAUGUACGUCAUGCUCGGUGCCUGUGCCAUGACACACGGAUGCCAACUCCCAGCUUCAUUCCUCGUCAUGCUCAAGAAGGUCUACACCGAAGGCGGCCUCAAGCCCGACGCUCAGCGCCAGAUGCAUAAGGCUCUAUUCGGUCCUAACGGCUUCAAGAACGGAGUACCAUACGACUUCGAGUCAAAGUCCCUCUUGGAGGUGGCCAACUCUGAGCCUGGAGAGCCCGACAAUGGACUUGGUUACCGAGGCUUGAAUGUUCCGGACCCGCUUCUCUUCAGUCCUGUCAGGACGAACUGUUCUACCUCGCUGGUCGUCAAGGAACUUCGCAGCCAGGCCCUCAAGCCUGAUGAGUGCGGUGGUUGUGGUAUCGAUCACAGGCCGAAGGGCAAGAACCUGCUCACUUGCUCCAAGUGCAUGAACCGCAAGUACUGCUCAGUCGCUUGCCAGAAGAAGCACUGGAAGCUUCACAAGAAGGUCUGCGAGCCUGCCGAGGUGUCGUUGUAA